GAUCCCAAGGGUAUCGUACGUGACACUGGUGGAUACGCGGUCGCUUUGAAGUAUACAGCUGACAAAAUCUACGAUAUUCCACCGGGUAGUACUUGGUGGGCGUCGAGUGAAUUCGGUUGGGUUGUGGGUCAUUCAUACUGCUGUUACGCACCAUUGCUACAGCGCGCUACAACAAUCAUUUACGAGGGUAAACCCGUUGGAACUCCUGAUGCCGCCCAAUUCUUUCGUGUCCUUUCGGAGAACAAAGUUCGCGGUUGGUUCCUCACCCCAAGCGCUGCACGUGCUAUACGCAGUGAAGACCCGGAACUCGAUCUGAGUGAGAAGUAUCGCACCGGACGACCGGGAUUACGAAAUUUAGCCAACGUGUUUGUGGCCGGUGAGCAUUGUGACGAAAGCACAAUGCGAUGGUUGGCAAGAAUGCUUCCCGCUCACGUGAAAAUCAGUGACACAUGGUGGCAAACUGAGACCGGUUGGCCAAUCACAUCAAGCUGUCUUGGUUACGAGGAUGGUUGUGCAAACACUCAGGGUUGUGUGGCCCCGAUUGGUUCAGCCGGUCUUCCGGUUCCCGGUUACAAUGUACAACUGGUGGAACACAAGGAAGGCAAUACAAGUUCACAAUCUGUAGACAGGGAACUGGAGAGUGGGAAAGAUGAGAAGCCGUUGUCUCGAAUCGUGGUCAAGUUGCCUCUGCCACCAGGAGCUGCAAUCACCCUGUGGAAUGAUGAUAAACGGUUUGAGGAGCUGUAUUUCUCGAAGUACCCGGAUCACUACGAUACUAUGGAUCUCGGCUACCGCGAUAUCAACGGCUAUCUGUACAUUUUGAGUCGUGCAGAUGACGUAAUCAAUGUGUCCGGGCAUAGGUUGAGCACAAGUGCAUUAGAAGAAGCCUGUCUGGCGGUCGAUAGUGUGGUUGAUUGUGCGGUGAUUGCGGUGCCACACACCGUGAAAGUGGCUGCGUUCAACCAGGCCUGCUUCGUGCCCAAAUUGCCGAAAACACGAUCGGGGAAAAUUUCUCGAGGAAGUUUGGCCGAAAUGGCUGCGGGUAAACCUGUUCGAGUGAGUGAAUCAAUGCGUAAAAUGCGGAAACAGCAGUAA